GCAUGGAAGUGUACUAAUAGGAGAAGCCGGUAGCCGCGCCUUAGAAGAAGAAAGGAAAGACUUUUCAGUUUAUUGAAACGUUUCGCCACCUUACCAAAAAUGAGGGAAAUUGUGCAUCUCCAGGCUGGCCAGUGUGGUAACCAGAUUGGUGCCAAGUUCUGGGAAGUCAUCAGUGACGAGCAUGGCAUUGACCCAACUGGAACUUACCAUGGCGACAGUGAUCUUCAGCUGGACAGGAUUAAUGUCUAUUACAAUGAAGCAUCAGGUGGCAAAUAUGUGCCCCGUGCUGUGCUGGUGGACCUGGAGCCUGGAACCAUGGACUCCGUAAGGUCUGGACCUUUCGGACAGAUCUUCAGACCCGAUAACUUCGUGUUCGGUCAGAGUGGUGCUGGUAACAAUUGGGCCAAGGGCCAUUACACUGAAGGAGCUGAGCUGGUGGACUCAGUGCUGGAUGUGGUCAGGAAGGAGGCUGAGAGCUGUGACUGUCUCCAGGGGUUCCAGCUCACCCACUCCCUAGGUGGUGGUACUGGCUCAGGAAUGGGCACCCUGCUCAUCAGCAAGAUUCGGGAAGAGUACCCCGACCGUAUCAUGAACACAUUCAGCGUCGUGCCCUCACCUAAGGUGUCGGACACAGUCGUUGAGCCAUACAAUGCCACUUUGUCCGUGCACCAGCUUGUAGAGAACACAGACGAGACCUACUGCAUUGACAACGAAGCCCUGUAUGACAUUUGCUUCCGCACCCUCAAGCUCACCACCCCCUCUUAUGGAGACCUCAACCACCUGGUCUCUGCCACCAUGAGUGGUGUGACCACUUGCCUCAGGUUCCCUGGCCAGCUGAACGCAGAUCUGCGCAAGCUUGCUGUCAACAUGGUACCAUUCCCCCGUCUUCACUUCUUCAUGCCUGGUUUUGCCCCCCUGACCAGCAGGGGGAGCCAGCAGUACCGCUCCCUCACUGUGCCUGAGCUGACUCAGCAGAUGUUUGACGCCAAGAACAUGAUGGCUGCCUGUGACCCACGCCAUGGCCGUUAUCUCACUGUUGCUGCCAUCUUCCGCGGCCGUAUGUCCAUGAAGGAGGUGGACGAGCAGAUGCUCAAUGUCCAGAACAAGAACAGCAGCUACUUCGUGGAAUGGAUCCCCAACAACGUCAAGACCGCCGUCUGUGACAUUCCCCCACGUGGGCUCAAGAUGGCUGCCACCUUCAUUGGCAACAGCACUGCCAUCCAGGAGCUCUUCAAGCGCAUCUCCGAGCAGUUCACUGCCAUGUUCCGCCGUAAGGCUUUCCUCCACUGGUAUACCGGAGAGGGCAUGGAUGAGAUGGAGUUCACUGAAGCCGAGAGCAACAUGAACGACCUGGUGUCCGAGUACCAGCAGUACCAGGAUGCCACCGCUGAGGAGGAGGGCGAGUUUGAGGAAGAAGAGGGUGAAGCCGAGCUGGCCUAAAUGUGAUCUAUAAAUGUCUUGUCCCAGGCUGUACAAUUUACUGACCUGUCAGUCCUUUCCGAGUUCCGAAUCUUUUGUUAUCUUUUUAUUUGUCACCUGCUGUUGUCAUUCCUGUCUGUACAGAAACUAAGUCAUUAAAAACAAAAAAAAUUUCUUACAAA